UUCUGACAAGCUGCAGUUGGUGGCAUCAUGAUGUUCGCUCUUGUUCCCUCUUUCUUUGCUGCUGUCCUUCUCCUGUGGACGGCGGCUGCCCAAGCUCAGACGGGAGAUGACGCCCAGCAAGGUUCGUUGCCAGCCUGCAGCAGUGUGGUAUGCGCUGUGCCGCGGCUGUCUGUCAAUCAGCACACAGACAACAAACGCGCACCUCUGCCUGUCUGUCAUUUCGGAACGUUUUGGUGGGUGCGCGUGGGAUGUGUCCGGGCCUUCAGGUGAAAGGGACCCCGCAGUGGUGGGCGACAUCGGAGAUGUCCAAUUAAAUGCUGCCAUCAGCGCCGCCAUCUCGCAGGUAAGUCACGAGAAGGCACGCACGUUUGUUUGUCUUGUGGUGUGGUUGAUGCACGGGCUGGCUGGGUGGGGUUGUGCAGAUAAGGGAUGGUGAAGCGUUCUUGUCUGUGCUCGAUGAGCACUUCCCGACGGCCACCAAGACGUUCCCCUCUUGUGAGGCCUCGGCGUCAUACCCACCCGCAGCAGAGGCAGAGGGCACCUUUGCCGAGGUGAGUGUGUGUGUGUGUGUGUAUGUGUGUGUGGAUCACACUCGUCCAUGUAUCCAUCCAUCCAUCCGCCCAUCGGCCGGCGUGUCUGUCCUGCAGGUGUUGGAGGAUGGUGUGCUGGUGUUUGGGCUGCCGGCCAAUGCGACCACCAUUCAGCAGUUCAACAUAGAGGUCGACAACCUGAUUGUGGACGCACUCAGCUCACACUAUGGCGUCGACAUAUCGCCAAAAUUCGUUAUCGUGGGUCAGUACUGUCGUGGAUAGCCACACACACGCAACAACCGCACACAAGCGUAUGUGUGUGUGUCUGUGGCACAGACAACCUCGCUGACUUUUUCGUGCCAUUCCGCGAGGCGAUGAACGUCGGUGAGGCCGAUGUGCUGACCUGGUUCACCGUCACCGAGCGGCGGGCCCACUCUGUCGACUACACCAGCUGUUCGCUCGUCAACUUCGUCAACGAGGUCGGCGUGUGGGUGCUCGACUCAUCCGAGCUGGCGGGCACCAACCUGACGGCUAAACCUGACGCACUCGAUGGGUUAGGGCGGGAGGGCGAGGAUGUCGAGAUGCAAAGGGGUGCAGGAGAAUAUGCGUGUGUUCCUCUCCGUGUGUGUGUAGAAUGAAGGUCGGCGUGUGCGACAACUGCUUCUACAUCUCUGACUUCACAAAGACGGCACCGGUGGGUCGGGAGCAACAGCACGCAGCAGUGGCGGGCAUAUGUGUGUGAGUGUGUGUGAGUGUGUGUGUGUGUGUGUGACGGUCUGCGCAUUGCAUUUGUGGGGGUGGUGGUGUGCAGGGUGUGUUGCUGGAGGAGCAUGCGGUCUUCGACAUGGUGCCUGCCCUCAAGCAGGGCAAAGUCGACGGCGUCGCAACCAUACUCGUGGGGAGGGAAGGGAAGGGGAGGGGAGGAUGGCCAAUAGACGCAUGUGUCACCCGACCCGUCUGUGCGCUCCUGCAUGCCAUGCAGGCUGGUGGUCCUGGGUUGGAGGAGUUCCUGACGACCGCCGGGCUCGUCAAGCUGGAGGGCUCAUUCGUGGUACGCAGACAGGGCGGGUGGGUAUGUGGUGGGGUGUGUGGGGGUGCGGAUGUGGGGGACGGGACGGAAGGGAUCCCUGCUGUGUGUGUGUGUGUGCAGCUGGGCAAUGACACGAGGGCAGCAGCCACUCGCUAUGCUGGGCCAGACGGGGCAGUUACUGGACAAGGCGGCCUGUGAC